AUGGCAUCAUGGCUGCGCAGCGGACGGUCGACUGUCACAACCAUGAACGACGAUAACGGGAAUGUAAGAGACCAGCGCCCCACCAACACUUCAACGGUCAAAACUCGCCAACGUGACCCCCAGGAUUUCACCGGUUCAGCCGACGCUGACGUUCUGGACUGGCUCAAAAAUUACGACCGGGUGAGCCAACACAACCGUUGGGACGACACCAUCAAACUCGCCAACGUCGUAUUUUUCCUCAAAGGGACUGCACUCCAAUGGUACGACAAUCACGAGGAAGAAAUUAAUUCAUGGGAUGCGUUCAAAACCGCCUUCGCAGACGUCUUCGGUACACCUGAACGCAGAAGACAACAAGCGCGGGACAAACUCUCCAGGAGGUACCAAGCCCCCUCCGAAACAUCGGCGUCCUACAUCGAGGACGUCCUUCGCCUCUGCGGACGUGUCAACGCAGCUAUGCCGGAGGACGAAAAAAUCAAGCACCUCUUCAAAGGAUUAUCCCAAGAGCUGUUUUCCAUCGUCGCACCCAGGUCACCUCAGACCGUGCAGCAGCUCAUUGCAGAAUGCAAGCAUUAUGAAGACCUUCAAAGUGGUCGGAUCUCCAACACCGGAUUUGAACGGCUCCCUGAAGUUUCAACUACAACUGCCGACACUGACCUCCCCAAUCUCAUCAGGCGAAUAAUUCGAGACGAACUACGCGACUCCUUGGGAUCCCUGCGCCUCUCAGCCAGUUCUUCAAUCUCGCAACCCGAGGCGCCUCAGAUUGAACAGGUAAUCAAAGACGAACUUCGUGCUGCCCUUCGUCCUAUUUCUUCGUCGUCUCCCACAUGCAUGGCACCAUCGACUUCCUCACCACCCAUCUGCUUUUUACAGCACUCAGCACCACACAUUUGCGCUCUGCAAACUUCUCACAACGUCUCAAUUCCAUCCACACGCUACCCAUCACCCCGGCGGACAGAGGAAUGGCGCACUCAAGAUCAACGUCCGAUAUGCUUCUACUGUCACGCCCCAGGUCAUAUCAUCCGCUACUGCCGACGCCGCAUGAAUGCUGAAGCCUACAGUCGCACCCCACAGAAUCAAACUCGACAUUCUGACGACCACGACACGCGCCGAAAUUUCGACAACCACGGCAGUUCCAAUGACCGCCACGACAAAUGGACUCAGAUCAUAUUCGUGGUCGCGAUCACCGCUGCGACUUUGGUGUACAAUCACCAGCGGAAGACCAUAUACCACUACGAGCCUCCAGCUGAAGAAAGAAUACCCUGUGCAACCAUACCGUCAAUGAUGGAGCGUAAAGAGGACUGCGAGAGCGCUCUCUGCCUCUGGCGGGAAUCGGAGGGCCAUCUUCCGAAGUGCUUCCAGCCCAAGGACGCCUACGGCUACUCUAUCAGCGGCCUCGAUUCGCCGAUCAACGCCACCCACGUGGCCUUCAACCUCAGCCACGAGAAGAGCUCCUACAGCCCGUUCCCAGAGAGCGCCAUCGACGUGGUCCGAUUCCAACUCAUCAAGUACAACGAUUACAUCGUCCGCUUCAAGCUAAGUAGUGCCUCCGACUCUCGAUACGAAGUUCCGGUCCAGGAGACUUUUGAUGUGCUGAGGAGACCCCAAAACAUCAGCGACCCGAGAUACGUCUUCGAGACGGGACUCACACCCAACGGUUACUUCAAGUUCAGCAUACGACGAAAGGGCACGCACACAAACCUGAUCGACACCGGCAUCGGAGGUCUAAUCAUGACGAACCAGUUCCUCCAGUUCGCAACGUACCUUCCUUCCGCGAAUUUCUACGGAUUCGGCGAACACGCUCACGAUACGCUGCGCCACCACUUCAGAUUCAACACGGUUGCCAUGUUUGCCCGUGACGAAUCGCCUAAAGAGUCUGCCAAUUUAUACGGCGUCCACCCGUUCUACAUGUGCAUCGAAGAAGGAGGCAAAGCACACGGACUCUUCAUGCUCAACAGCAACGCCAUGGAAUACACGUUGUUGCGAGCUCCCGCUCUGAGGCUGACCACCAUAGGAGGGGUCCUGGACUUCUUCCUUUUUGUGGGCGACAGCCCGACUCAUGUUGCACAACUCUACUCAGACUUAAUUGGGCGACCUUUCUUUCCACCUUAUUGGGCACUUGGCUUCCAACUGUCCAAGUUCGGAUACGACUCUCUCAAAAACCUCAAACUCGUCGUCUCGAGGAACCGGGAAGCCCGCAUCCCCAUGGACGUCCAACACUUGGACAUCGAUUACAUGGACGGUUGCAAGACGUUCACGGUCGACAAUGACACCUAUGGAGGUCUGGGGAGCUACGUCGACGAGAUGCACCGAACGUCUGGACUUCGUUUUCUCGUUAACCUGCUUUGGCCCUGCGGGCCGGUGGCGUACGUCGACUUCUUCCGGUCCGCCACCCAGUCUUGGUGGGCGAAGGAGCUCGACAUUUUGCGAAAACUGGUUCACUUCGACGGAAUCUGGAUGGACAUGAACGAGCCGACCGAGUUCAGCGGCAUCAAAGACGUCGUGUCUCCGAAAGUCACGAAAGCUUGUUUCGGCCACUGGAAGAUGAGGUGCCCAAACUCCGUCUACGACGAUCCGCCUUACCCAACCCGCGCGGCUACCAGCUACGGCUCCGACGGGCGACUCAACGACCGCACGUUGUGCAUGGUGGGACAGCACGGGGACAACGAGAGGUACUCUCACUACGACGUGCACAGCUUGUACGGCUGGAGCCAGACCGUCGUAACCAACAAGGCCCUGGAAAGCCUGAUGGAGCAUCGACAUCUCCUCAUCAGUCGUUCUACUUAUCCUUCGAGCGGAAGGUACACCGGGCACUGGCUCGGCGACAACCACAGUAAAUGGGCCGACCUACAACAGUCCCUCAUAGGUGUUCUGGAGUUCAACUUGUUCGGAAUUCCGUACGUGGGAGCGGACAUAUGCGGCUACUUCGGCGUCCCGACCGAGGAGCUGUGCGUGCGCUGGAUGCAGCUGGGGGCCUUCUACCCGCUCAGCAGGAACCACAACGACCGGGGACCCGCGGAUCAAGAUCCCGCGGCGUUCAGCACUGGGGCUGUCAAGGUCAUCAGGGCAGCUCUCCAUGUCCGUUACUCCCUGCUGCCUUACCUGUACACGCUCUUCUACGAGGCUCACAGGAAUGGCACUCCUGUGGUCAGACCACUUUUCUUCGAAUUUGCCGAGGAGCCUCACACGUACGGCAUAGACAAGCAGUUCAUGUGGGGAAGCUCCCUCCUGGUCUCUCCGAUCCUGGAAGAAAAUCAGACAUACAUGUCCUUCUAUGUGCCUCGAGGACUAUGGUACAACUACUACACCAAUGCGCCUUUCCCGAGCACUGGCGAAUACAUGAUCCUGGAUGACGUCACGCUGAGCACAAAGACGCCUCUCUAUGUUCGUGCUGGCUCAGUGAUUCCGACUCAGAAACCGGACAUGAGCACCCGAGACAGUCUGAAGAAGCCCUUUACGCUGCUCGUAUAUCCAGAGGAAGGCAGCGCAACGGGACAGCUUUUCUGGGACGACGGUGUCUCCAAACGGACAGUUGAACGAAACCGCUACGACUACUUUGUGUUCCACGUCAAACGCUGCCGAUUGACGAUAUCGAAGACUUACACGAACGUCGAGCCUCUGCUCGUUACCCUAGAAAAGAUAGUGGUGAUGUCCGCCUUUGUGCCCACGCGCCUCUACGUCGACGGCAAGAAUCGCAAGGAAGCCAUCGGCAAGAUGAGUGAUGAGGCCUUCAAAUUGACGGUUCAACUGGAACUACACGACCUUCGUCGAGUUCACGUCAUUGAGUGGACGACAGAAAGCCAAAACGGAACCGAAUGCCCGAAGUGA